AUGGCGGAAGCCGCGUGCUUCACUGACCAACAUGGUGAUUUCCUGCACCAACUAGACAAGAUCUUCUACGCAUUCUGGGCAAAACUCAAGUUACGUCAGGAACAUACAGCUCCGAGCAGACUGCCUGUGGUUAAGUCUCUGCUUACAACGGAUAGCCCCUACUGCACUCUGACACAGGUGAUGCGAAGAAGCGGUCAGGGAACGACAUGGAGGCUAGCGGUGAGGGAUCCAUUGCAGCGUUGCAACACAACUUACCAGUGCCCAAAAGCAAGCCUGAAAUCGACACAUCCAGAAAAGAUCAGGCUGAUUCCAACAAGCCUGCCCGAUUAUCUCAUCGAUUCUCCACCACGUGGACUGCUGGGCUUGGCACCGGCGCCCCCUGACAGGACCCUGUUUGGACCCAGUGGGGCAUUGGCUGAAUCUUAA